AUGCCGCUAACGAUAUCAACUCUGAUCAUCCUCACCACCGCCCAUCACGACCCCGACAGCCCCGAGCCCGCGCCCAUUAUGGGGAUGCUGAAACGAGCCGUGCCCACCGCGUACACCGAACACAGGGCGGCAACAGCACACAAGGCCGACAUGGCGGCCCGCAACGCCCGCCUCAAGCGUCUCGAGACGGAGCUGCACACCACUCCCGCUCCUUCACGUGCGAUGCUCGUGACGUACGAAGCCGAACUCAAGGACUACAAUCUGCGCAAGGAACCCUUCGACGCCUCGCGCCCGUCCAACCCCGUCUUCCUCGCCGCGCUGGCGAGGUGCGCGCACGACGUGGCCGCGCAAGCAGUGUACAUCGCCGACCCGGUACUCCUCCUCAGCCUAGCACUCAGCUUCGACCACCUCGGUAGCCGCGCCGCGCGGGACGCACUGCUCGCCCUCCUCCGCGCCAUGGGACCGCUGCGAGCGAAUGCCACGCUGGGCAAGCUAAGCAAGACGAUACUGGUCAAGCCCUCGGUCGCGCAGCUGAGCUUCAUGAUGCCGUACCUGUAG